AUGGUCUCUAGAUCUAGUGAGGGGAAUGAAGGGCCCCAUCCGUCCUCGAGGACUCCUGGAACUCCAGCCAAAACACGAGUCUCCAAACUUGGAUCCAGCCCCUCGAAAAGGGACGAAAAAUCUGGCGAGGGCAGGGUGGUAAAAUCUUCUGCGAAAGAUGUCGCCGAGCUCAAAGAUUAUACUGUUGCUGUGAAGCAGAUCAAGUUGGCCGACCUCCCAAAAAGCGAAUUACGAGUUAUAAUGUUAGAAAUCGACCUUUUGAAGAACCUAGAUGUGAGACUCAGGUACAACAAACACAGCCGUCCCACGGAGCUAACUGAAUGGUUGCAGCAUCCUAAUAUUGUCAAGUACCAUGGUUUCGUCAAGUCUGCUGAAACUUUAAACAUUAUCUUGGAGUAUGUCUCUUCGUCCACCGACCGCUUAAGUAUUGGAGGUGCUAACAAACGUAGGUAUUGUGAAAAUGGCUCCUUGCACUCUAUUUCCAAGAACUUCGGUCGCUUUCCCGAGAAUUUGGUCGGGUUAUACAUGUCGCAAGUUCUCCAUGGGCUUUUAUAUCUGCACGAACAGGGUGUCAUUCAUAGAGAUAUUAAAGGUGCAAACAUCCUCACGACAAAAGAGGGACUUGUCAAACUUGCAGACUUCGGUGUCGCCAGCCGCACUACUGGACUGAGCGAAUCAAGUGUCGUCGGCACGCCGUACUGGAUGGCUCCCGAGGUGAUUGAACUUUCAGGCGCAACUACAGCUUCAGAUAUCUGGAGUCUCGGGUGUACAGUCAUCGAAUUGCUUGAAGGAAAACCUCCCUACUACAAUCUUCAGCCCAUGCCGGCGCUGUUCCGUAUUGUUAAUGAUGACCAUCCUCCUCUUCCACAAGGCGCCUCUCCGGCAGUCAAAGACUUCCUGAUGCAAUGCUUCCAGAAGGAUCCUAAUCUCCGUGUCUCUGCAAGGAAGCUCCUAAAACACCCUUGGAUCGUGAAUGCUCGUAGAUCGGACUCAGUGGUGCCGAAGAAGUCUACGGAGUAUGAAGAAGCGGUCAGAAGCGUCCAAGAAUGGAACGAGGCUCUGCGAUCUCCUGGUGCGGGAACUUUACGGAAGCCCUUUAGACACGAUCGUCAGAGCCCAAGUCCCCUUCGUCGCAAUCAGCUGCCAUCUCGAAACACCCCCACUAAAGACGCUCUUCCAGCCCCCGUCGUUAGCAAUGCCAAAGACCAAUCUUUGUUGUCGAACGCAACUGCCGAAGAUAACUGGGAUGAUGACUUUGCAACUGCCAUUUCUCCCAGUGCGCUGCAGCUACCACAUCUUCGGCCGCAUGACAAUUUCGGAGGAAUGCUUUCCUCUGAAAAGCUCAAGGCAUUCGCCUCACUCGAUGGGACCGUUAUCAAAUCAGAGAAUAGUUUUGGAGACUUCAACGACUCCUUUCGGACUACUUUGCACUGCGGAGAGUCGGAUCCUCUGCAGACUAUCCGACCUUUUCCAUUCAAGCAAACCGGUACGGACGAUGGAUUCGCCCAAAAGUCGCCACUCCAGAUGGAGCCCAAGAGGUCUACUCCUUUCGUACAUAACGUCCCAAUUUUGACACAAAAUCCUGUUCCACCUUCGAGACAGGCUCGUCCAGCCUCGUUUUACAAGGAGAACUCAGUAGAGGAUUAUUCUGAUAUCAUAAUAACUGACGAAGACGUUUUAGGCCGAAAACUUAACGGUGUGAAAGUACGCAUGGAGGCCAAUAUUUAUCCGAAUGUUGAUGAUUGUUUGUCUGACCUGUUUCAGGAGACCGAUGAAGAGCGAUAUAUCUCGAAUUCAGCAGACCUUCCGCCGUCAAAGGAGAUAGUCCGAUAUCACACGCCCUCUCGGGAUGACGAGCAGGAACCCCACUUACGGAGGCAGCUCUCAACCAAGCGUCAUAGAUCAGCGGUAGAGAUUCACAGAUUUGCCGAGAACGAGAGAGACGAAGACUUCUCGGAUAUUCUGGGGCCCGAGGAGGUCGCCCUAGACAAGCCGGAUAGCGAUGGUAGCUCGGAUAGAAGCACCUUGAUGCUUAAUUCACGACACUCAAACAAUUCUUGGCUUGGAGACCAAGACGAUGAAGAUGAUCCAUUCGCCCAGUUAGAGGAAGGGCUCGAUGAAAUGGACUUGGAAGCCAACAUUGCGCGCGAUAAAUAUGCUAGGCUCCGUGGUCAAGUCGAAGGGCUCGUGAGCUCUUUGAAGACUUCUCAAGACGAAGACGUACUUGAGGAUAUCUCGGAGCAAUUGUUAACGAUAUUUUGUGAUCUUCCGGAAACGAAAAAUAUCAUUAUGAGUGCCCACGGCAUGUUACCGAUACUAGAGAUUCUUGAUACGUGCCGUCGACGCAACGUCGUCUCAUGUCUCCUGAAAAUUGUCAAUGCAAUUAUUUAUGAGGAUUACGAGAUUCAAGAGAACUUGUGUUUCGUUGGUGGAAUCCCAAUCAUCAAUGAAUUCGCUUCGAAGAAGUACCCGCGCGAGAUUCGACUGGAGGCAGCUGCUUUUGUACAGCAGAUGUAUCAAACUUCUACCCUAACUCUUCAGAUGUUUGUUAGUGCCGGAGGGUUGAAUGUUCUUGUGGAAUUUUUGGAAGACGAUUAUGAGGAUGAACGAGAUCUGGUCCUUAUAGGCGUCAAUGGUAUUUGGAGCGUCUUUGAGCUGCAAGGAUCAACACCAAAGAAUGAUUUUUGCCGAAUCCUGUCUCGCAGUUCGGUCCUAGACCCUCUUUCACUCGUAUUAAGCCGAGUAUUGGACGAAGGGGGAGAACUCGCCGAAAUUGUCGAGGGGCGCAUCGCCAGCAUCUUCUUCGUCUUCUCUCAGGCUGAAAAUCAUGUGAAGGAGAUGGUUGCCGAACGAACUGUUUUGCACAGAGUGCUGAAGGAACUGAAGCGCAUGACUCCUGCCCAUCAAAUAACGAUGUUGAAGUUUAUCAAGAACUUGUCCAUGCUGUCAACUACACUUGACUCGCUGCAGAAUUCAAACGCCAUUGACGUGCUGACUGAUCUCUUGCGGUCAACCAUCAAAAGGCCACACUUUCGAGAAGUCUCCAACCAGAUCCUGAAUACAAUCUACAACAUGUGUCGUCUAAAUAAGUCCCGGCAAGAGGACGCUGCAUUGAACGGUAUCGUGCCGCUGCUCCAAAAGAUUGUUAAGACUGAGCGACCCUUAAAGGAAUUCGCUUUACCAAUCCUCUGCGAUAUGGCACAUUCCGGAAAGGUGGGCCGUCGUGAGCUAUGGCGCAAUAGAGGAUUGCCUUUCUAUAUAUCCCUGCUUUCCGACCCUUACUGGCAAGUAACUGCCUUGGAUGCCAUCUUUACCUGGCUACAGGAAGAAACGGCGAAAGUUGAGGAGCACUUGCUCAGUUACCACCCUGAUCAGCCAUCAUUCACAGAGUCUAUUAUCAGAUGCUUAACAGUCUCGAAGGCUAAUGCUUUUGAGAAUCUUCUUGAACCGCUUCAAAAGCUCCUUAGGCUGAGCCCUCCCAUCGCAUUGACAUUCGCCCGGGAAGACAUGUUUGUCCGGAUCAGGCAAAAAUUGCAUCACAACAAAGCUGCUGUUCGCUUGAACCUUCUGCGAAUUAUAUCCAGUAUCUGUGAGGCCAGCGAAGACCACGGUGGUCUUCUGGCCGAGUAUGGCCUUCUUGAAGCAAUUAGAGAACUGGAGCAUGAUCCGGCUAUCCUCGUUCGAGACAUGGCUGGAAAACUCAUUCAGGCUAAUGAGAGAAGCGAAUCCUAUGGAUUAGGGAAGCGCAGGCCAGGUGUGAGGAGAGGAAGUACAGCUACUACUCCGCCAGGUCUCUUGACAAACCAGUCUGCUCCGAGUACCCCUUCGGUCCCUCGCACGAACCAGUCGAAAAGCUACUUCGAUGGGCGCGAGGUCCAAAGGCAUCCGCGAAAUGCUCUCAGUGGGUCAGCGCUGGCGCUGCGGCCUGCUAGUAGAGAUGGUGCAAGUCCCGCUCUUGCCGUAGGUGGAAGCAAGGGCUCCAAUGCCUCAAGCGCUUCCAGGAAUCGGCUACCGCGUGUAAUUUUAUUGGCGUUAGUCGAGUUGUUGAACAAUACAAAAAUGGUGUUUCUCUCGUUCGGAGUCUGUAUAUCUGGAUAUCCAUGA